AUGAGUGGUAGUGGUGGUGGUGUGAAAAUAGUUCUAACCAAAAAACGGGUUUUCACUUGGAAAAACUGGAAAAGUUAUAUCCCAAAAUCAACUAAUUUUCCAUUGACCACUAAAAGCUUUUCCUUCGACUUUUACAAUUGGCAUCCUCUAGGUGCCUUAUAUCAGAGGUUUGGGGAGGCUGUGGUGACAAAUAGAGGUCUUGCCUUACGUGCUAAGGUGUCUUCUAUUGUUGGUCAAGGUGGACGGAACUGGCCAAGGCAAAGGAACAGAGCUGUGUUGAACAUUAUACGGAAUACUCCUGAUACCUUUUUGCCUACCGUCUCUGAGUGUGAUAAGGUUGCCUGGACCUUAACUGCUGAUGGUUCUUUCUCUGUAAAAUCUGCUUGGGAGGCAUGUAGACAUCGGUCUCCUAUCCAACCUUGGCAUCCCUUGGUAUGGUUUAGUCAAGGUGUGCCACGGUGGAGCUUUAUUGAGUGGCUUGCUAUCCUGGGCAGGCUGUCCACUAGGGACAGAUUGGUCAGUUGGGGUGUAACUGCGAGUUCCCAGUGUGUGUUGUGUUUGAAUGGUAUGGAGUCUCAUAAUCAUUUAUUUUUUGAGUGUGACUUCUCUGCUGCUACUUGGGGGCAAAUUAUGAUACGUAAUGGCAUUUGUAUGGCUGUUGUGCCUCUAUCUCAAGAGCUUGAAUGGGCUGGGCAGAAUCGUGCGGGUAAGGGUUUCCGGAAUUACAUUUAUAAGCUGUCUUUGGCUGCUUCAGUUUAUUUUCUUUGGGGUGAACGGAAUUCCAGGAUCUUUCAAGGUAGUUCCAAAGGUAUCCCUGAGGUUGUUCAUGCCAUUUUUGAUGCCAUUCGAGCCAGGUUAAGUUCUUGGACUACUGUGAAGUUUACAGCCCAAAAUAGAGGGUUGUGUGAUGAUUGGCUUCUAGAUUCUCGAAUUUUUGGGAUCAAUACGUGUAGAUAG